CUUGGGAUUCGCCGGGAGACUCGCUUUCCUGUUCGCAAGAGUCCCAAGGUUGUUCAGCCGUUCAAGGGCGGAAAGAUCCCUGUGGAGUACAGCGGGCAUCCUGAAAACCAGCAAAUGAUUCGGUUAACAUUUAGUGAUGUGGCCAUUUAUUUCUCUGAGGAGGAAUGGAAGUGCCUUGAGCCUGCUCAGCAUAAUUUAUACAGAGAGGUGAUGUUAGAGAACUACAGAAACCUGGUCUUCCUGGCCAUGACUUCUCAUAAUUCCCAUGAAUUUUCAACAGAAGAGGAUAUAAGGAAUGAAGAACAUAACAUUAACUGUUUACAAAUAAGGAAAAUAUGGAAAACUGAAUGUGAGAAUGAAAGUCAGAAAUUUUAUAAUACGGGACAAAAUGAAUUAGCUGUGAAGGUUUGUAAUGAAAAUUACACUGUCGGGGGACAUCAAGGACAUUUAAUAUCUCAGAAAAUAAUUCAACAUAGGCCAGUCACUUUUCAGGAGUUAUAUGUAUCUUUACAAAUAAGUGCCCAGCAAUUUUUGGAGCAUAUAUAUUUUCUUAAUGAAAAUGUGGAAAAUGUGAAAAGAAAUCUAGUUCACGUUUCAACUUUUAACUUCACUAAUUUCAAAGAUAACACUGAUUUAAACUUCCAGUCAAACAUUUCAAUAGACAAGAAAUUUAGUACUGAAGGACAAAUUUCUAAAGGAGAUCAUUUUGAGAAUCUCUCUACUAAAUAUCCAUUUUUCUGCAAUAAAGAAAUAAUCUCUGCGUAUGCCAAAACAUGCAAUUUUAACAAUUGUGAGAAAGUCCACACUUACUCAUUAUUUCUUUCUAAACACCUGAGAUGGCAUAGUAGUCACAAUACCUACAAAUAUAAAGAAUGUGACAAAGCUUUUGUUCAAAGUUCAUUUUAUACUGAACAGCAAAAAAUUCAUAUCAAAGAGAGAUUCUGCAAUUUUAGAGAGUAUGACAAAUCCUUAAAUAAUUAUGUAAAACUUUCUGAAUUUCAAAAUCUUCAUAUUGGAGAGAAGCCUUACAAAUGGGAAGAAUGUGGCAAAGCUUUUUAUCAAAAAUCACACUUUAUUCUUCACCAGAGGAUUCAUACCAGAGAGAAAGCAUACAAAUGUAAAGAAUGUGGAAAGGCUUUUUAUGAAAGAAUCUCACUUACAUUUCACCUGAGAAAUCAUACCAGAGAGAAGCUCUAUAAAUGGGAAGAAUGUGGCAAAGCUUUUUAUCAAAAAUUACACCUUGGUUGCCACCAGAGAAUUCAUACUGGAGGGAACCCGUACAAUUGUAAAGACUGUGACAAAGCUUUUCAUGUAAGAAAAUUACUUAUUCAACACCCAAAAAUUCAUGCUGGAGAGAAAUCCUACAAAUGUGAAGAAUGUGGCAAAGCUUUCUAUCAAAAAUCACACCUUAUUCGCCACCAGAGAAUUCAUACUAAAAAGAAGCCCUACAAAUGUGAAGAAUGCAACAAAGUUUUUUAUGUAAGAAAAUUACUUAUUCAACACCAGAGAGUUCAUGGUAGAGAGAAGUCCUACAAAUGUGAAAAGUGUGGCAAAGCUUUUUAUCGGAAAUCACACCUUAUUCGCCAUGAGAGAAUUCAUACCAGAGAGAAACUCUACAAAUGUGAAGAAUGUAUGGAAACUUUUUCCCACAGAUCAGAACUUUUUCGCCACCAGAGAAGUCAUACUGGAGAGAAGCCUUACAUAUGUGAAGAAUGUGGCAAAGCUUUUUAUCGAAAAUCACAUCUUAUUCGCCAUGAGAAAAUUCAUGCCAGAGAGAAGCCCUACAAAUGUGAAGAAUGUAUGGAAACUUUUUCCCGCAGAUCAGAACUUUCUAGCCACCAGAGAAGUCAUACUGGAGAGAAGCCCUACAAAUGUGAAGAAUGUGGCAAAACUUUUUAUCGAAAAUCUCACCUUAUUCGCCAUGAGACAAUUCAUACCAGAGAGAAGCCCUACAAAUGUGAAGAAUGUGGCAAAACUUUUUAUCGAAAAUCUCACCUUAUUCGCCAUGAGACAAUUCAUACCAGAGAGAAGCCCUACAAAUGUGAAGAAUGUAUCAAAACUUUUUCCUUCAGAUCAGAACUUUCUCGCCACCAGAGAAGUCAUACUGGAGAGAAGCCCUACAAAUGUGAAGAAUGUGGCAAAACUUUUUAUCGAAAAUCUCACCUUAUUCGCCAUGAGACAAUUCAUACCAGAGAGAAGCCUUACAAAUGUGAAGAAUGUAUCAAAACUUUUUCCUGCAGAUCAGAACUUUCUUGCCACCAGAAAAGUCAUACUGGAGAGAAACCCUACAAAUGUGAAGAAUGUGGCAAAACUUUUUAUCGAAAAUUUCACCUUAUUCGCCACGAGACAAUUCAUACCAGAGUGAAGCCCUACAAAUGUGAACAAUGUAUCAAAACUUUUUCCUGCAGAUCAGAACUUUCUAGCCACCAGAGAAGUCAUACUGGAGAGAAGCCCUACAAAUGUGAAGAAUGUGGCAAAACUUUUUAUCGAAAAUCUCACCUUAUUCGCCAUGAGACAAUUCAUACCAGAGACAAGCCCUACAAAUGUGAAGAAUGUAUCAAAACUUUUUCCUGCAGAUCAGAACUUUCUCGCCACCAGAGAAGUCAUACUGGAGAAAAGCCCCACAAAUGUAAAGAAUGUGGGAAAACUUUUUGUCGAAAAUCGCACCUUAUUCGCCACCAGAGAAUCCAUACCAGAGAGAAGCCCUACAAAUGUGAAGAAUGCAACAAAGCUUUUUAUGUAAGAAAAGUACUAACACAACACCAGAGAAUUCAUGCUAGAGAGAUACCCUGCAAAUGUGAAGAAUGUGGCAAAGCUUUUUAUCAAAAAUCACACCUUAUCCGACAUGAGAGAACUCAUACUAGAAAGAAGCCCAACAAAUGUGAAGGAUGUAUCGAGACUUUUUCCCGCAGAUCAGAACUUUCUCUCCACCAGAGAAAUCAUACUGGAGAAAAGCCCUACAAAUGUGAAGAAUGUGGGAAAACUUUUUAUCAGAAAUCACACCUUAUUCGCCACCAGAGAAUUCAUACCAGAGAGAAGCCCUUCAAAUGUGAAGUAUGUAGCCAAGCUUUCCGUCAAAAAUCACACCUUAUCCACCACCAGAUGAUUCAUAUGAAAGAGAAGCCCUACACAUCUGAAGAAUGCAACAAAGCCUUUUAUGUAAGAAAAUUACUUACUCAACACCAGAGAAUUCAUGCUAGAGAGAAGUCAUACAAAUGUGAAGAAUGUGGCAAAGCUUUUUGUAAAAGAUCCCAACUUAUCCACCACUGGAUUAUUCAUACUGGAGAGAAGCCCUACAAAUGUGAAGAAUGUAUGAAAACUUUUUCCCAUAGAUCAGAACUUUUUCGCCACCAGAGAAUUCAUACUGGAGAGAAGCCCUAUAAAUGUGAAGAAUGUGGCAAAGCUUUUAAUCAAAGAUCACACCUUAUUCGCCAUCAGAGAAUUCAUACCAGAGAAAAGCCCUACAAAUGUGAAGAAUGUGGAAAAGCUUUUUAUCAAAAGCCACACCUUAUUGAACACCAGAGAAUUCAUACUGGGGAGAAGCCCUACAAAUGUGAAGAAUGUAGCAAAGCUUUUCAUCGGAGAUCAAACUUUAUUCGCCACCAGAGAAUUCACACUAGAGAAAAGACCUAUAAAUGUGAAAAAUUUGGUAAGUCUUUUUAUCAAAGGUCACACAUUAUUUGCCACCAGAGAGUUCACAAUUGAUAGAAGCCAUACAAAUGUGCACAAUGUGGCAAAAUUCUUUUUAAAACAUCAGACUUUGUUCAUUACCACAGUAUACAUAUUGUCGAUAAGAACAACUAAUGUGAAGAAUGUGGGAAAUCUUUUAAUCAAAUAUUUAAGCUUUAUGAAUAUUUAAGUAUUUGUACUGUAGAGAAGCCCUAUUAAUGAGAACAUGUGCCAAGCAGAGGAAUCAGCAGAGAAAAGUUAAUAAAAUAUAAAAAAAGUAACAGUCUAUAUUAGUUUUUGGCAACUUACUCAGCAACUGAAAAGGUAUAAAUGGAGAAACUCUUAUAAGUUCAUAGCUAUUGCUCAUACAUUACGGAAGACUAGGAAACUCAUAGUGCAAAAAUUUAAAUGUGUCCAAGUCUUCAUUCAAAUAUCCAACUUUCUUCAGCAUUUGAAACCCAAUAGUGAAGGUGGAGCAACAUUUAUUCAACUUAUAUAUAUGCCUUAGAUAUGAAUCAAAUAUUUACAAGAAAUUUUAAAAACUUAGCAAAUAUUUUAACAGCAUAAUAAAUCUCUAUCUUUACUUCAUAUCUUGAUGUAUGUGAGAAUUUUUAAGAAAGAAAAUUAUUUUAAUAUAUAAAAUGGGUUAUUUCUUCAAUUUGAUUGCAAUUUAUUAAACAUCAUUAGCUGAUAUGGUAGAAGUAAUGAAAUUUUUAAAAAUAUUUUAGUAUAGUGCACAUAGCUAAUCUCUGAAAGGAUAUCAAUGUCUUAUACUUCAACAAUGAUUACUUAAUACCCACUUUUGAAAAUGACAGAAAACUACUCACAUAAUUGAUUAUAUCAGAAUUUCUUUUCUUUUUUCUUUUUUUUUUUUUUUGCCUAAAUUUUUAUUUUUUGUACUCUGAACUCAGGGGCACUUAACUACUGAGCUACAUUACCUGCUUUUUCUUUUUAAAUUUAGGGUGUCACUAUGUUGCUGAGGCUGCCUUUGAAUUUCUGAAACUCUUCCCAAUUCACUAGGAUUGCAGGGAUGUGGGCCACCACAUCCACCUUAGAAUGCAUUUUCAUAUAUUCACAAUUUUUUUAACACUAACAAAUUGAAUAAGUUUAUUUCUUAAAAUGUCAAUUAUUAAAUCUAGUAGUAUAUUAGAAAUAGAAUUAUGUAUAACCAAAUAGGAUUGACCAUGGGACUGUAGAGUAGAAAAAACUAUUAAGAUAGUAGAUCCCAAUGCAAAUUAAAGGAUUUAUGAUCCUUUUUGUGAAUAUCAGAUACAAUAGAUAAAAUUCAACACAUGCUACUAAUUAGAGUCUCUAUAAACUGAGUCUUUCAUGAAUGUCAUUAAGAACCUCUACAAUAAACUCUAUCAUGUAUGAUGGUGAAGUGUUAUAGAAUUAAGGUGCCCAACAUUAUCAAUUUUUCUUAUUAUUUUCCUGUUUUUUUUUAAUAUUUUUUUUUGUUUUAAUUAGUUACAAAUGACAAUAGAAUGCAUUUCAUAUAUCAUAUAUAGAUGGAUACAAUUUGUCAUUUGUCUCUACAUGCUGUAGAAUUAUGUUGGUCAUGUAGUCACAUAUAUACAUAUACUAAUAAUGUCAGUUUCAUUCUACUAUCUUUCCUAACCCCACAUCCCUAUCCUUCCUGUCUCUUCACUUCCCUCUACCUAAUCUACGGUAACAGUAUUCUUCCCUAAUACAUAUUCAUAUUUUGUAUGUGAGUUGUUUAUAAAGGUCAAUGGUUUUUAAUAGACUAACAUUGUCAUGUAUUGAGUCACAUUUAUGUCACAGAUAUUACUCUAUUCCCUUUUAUUAAAGGCUCUAGAUAACAUACAUACUAUUUGAUACAUAGUGUUGUAAUCUCUCCUUUAAUUAUUUUCAACACUUUAAUUAUACCUUAACAUUGGAAGGAUAUAAUUUGCAUAAACCAGAUUUUUAUACUUUUAGUUUCUAAUCAUAGAGAAAUGGACAGGGUGUAUCAUCAUGAAAGUUAAGGCCCAUAUAUCAGAAUCUUGAAUUUCAACGUUUACAUUUACUUUCUUUCCUAAAAAAUUCAUCAUACCAUAAAAAAUGUACAUGCUCUCCUCAAACUAGGGUGUCAUUUCUUUGAAAAAGAUUACUUGUGUCCGUAUUUGCUACAAAUAAGCUUUGCUGUAUAUGAACAUUAUUUUUCUUUCUGGUUUUGGAGGUUUUUGGUUUUAUAUUACUUUGUUUUUCUUAUGGGGUUGAAAUUCAGGACAUCACACAUGCUAGGCCAGUGGUCCAUUUCUGAACUACACCCUCCGCCUAGUGGCAACUAUUCCAAUUCAAUUCCCCCCAAGAAGUGAAUCCACUGAGUUUGGUAACCAAAAUAAUCAGGUAAGCUCAUAGAACUAUGAAUCUCUGGCUACACAAUGAGAUACAAGACUAGCAUGACAUGAGGAGUCAGGGCUUAUUCAUUGUGGAAAAUAAGAAACAUCUUCCUACCAGGCAAUAAAAUUUUUCUUCCCAUUCAGAAAUAAUGAGGGAGCAUGGCAUCAUCUGCCUUUGGGCACCUGAAACAAUGAGCCCUUUUCAAAAUAAAAUUCACAGAUACAUCAAGAUUACUUCUUGCCUUGCAUACUUUAGGAAGAAAGUAUCCAAGACCUACUGUCAUAACAUCUCUCUGAUAACAUUCAUAGACUUUGGUGUAUAACUCCACAGGCCAAUUGUGCAACCUUAGUAUAUAAAUAAAUGAAACAGUAUUUCCAGCUGUUUUCACUUUGUGUUUUUUACCUCCAUAUUCCCAGAUUUGAGCCUGGAAUUCUGGCUAAAAUGGGGCUGAUUCUUGAAGACAUUUUGCUAUGUGACAUAAGUCAGGGAAAAGUCAAAUACUCUCCAUUCAAAUUAAAUGAGAUAUAUGGAAUACCAAUUUUAUUCAUUGAAAAUAGAGUGAUGGUUAUCAGAAACUGGUUGAAGAGAAAGAUUGAGAGUGUUUAGAGCUCAUUGGGUUUCUACUUGGGGUGACUAAAAAGUUUAACUUCGUUAGUAUGGAUAUGCAGUUAUGUGAAUGCACUUAAUGCCAUUUAUUAUGCUUAAUACGGUUUAAAGAGAGAAAUGGCUGAAAGGAGAGUACCAGACAUAGCAGCGUAUGCCCAGUGACUCAGGAGACUGAGGCAGGAGCAUCUCAAGUUCAAGGCCAACCUGAGUGACUUAUAUGGAUAAUAUAAUUUUAAAAAUGAUAGAGAUGAAAUUCUGUGUUAGAGUGCCCUGUAGUUAAAUCUCAAUCCCUCCCCUCCCCUCCCCUCCCCUCCCCUCCCCUUCUCUCUCUCUCUCUCUCUCUCUCUCUCUCUCUCUCUCUCUCUCUCUCUCUCUCUCUCUCAGAAUUGAUCUGGUUCACGAUUUGCAAGCACUGUAUCACUGAUUUAUGUUUGCUUUUAUUUUUGAAGUGGUAUCUUGCAAAAUUUCUGAGGCUGACCUUCAACUUGUAUUCCUCCAUUCUCAACUUAUGAAUACUCAUGACUACAGGAAUAUAACACCUUCCUAGCUCAGAAUUGUGUAUUUCAAAUGAUGACUGUUAUGGUAUAUAAAUUAAAUGUAAAUUUAAAGAAGGAAGGAAUCAUGGUUGUGUGUCAAGGGGUACUGUGUGGUAUUCCAUCCAAUGUUUAUAUUAUGAUUUUUUCUAUCACAGUAAACUGUAUAAACUGAUGCAUCAAUGAAUAAUAACUCAACAAGUAAUGCUCAAUCAAGGAGUUGAUUUACUUUGGGAGGAAAUGGACAUAUUAAUGGAUUCCUCUGCUUUGAACUGCUUGUAGAACUUGCCUGGACUAUGUAUUACUUGUAUGCAUUGUGAACUAUCUGUUGGUGCAGCGAAUUGUGUUAGUGCUGGGGUAUCUUUGCUGAUGAUGACAUCGGUGCUACAAUUUUUCCAAAAAGAGCUGUCAUUUUUGCAUGGUCUAUUUGAAACAAUGGUGAUAUGAACAUAAAUAAAAUUAAUUUCAGAUCAA